UUUGCUUAGAGAAAGCGAGACGAGGGAGAAGGAGAUGUUGCAUCCAUCUUAUCUGCCCCACCUCCUCUUCUUCCUUCUCCCCUUCCUCUUCCUCCCUUGCUUCUCCGCCGCCGUGUCCGAGACCAUGGGGAAGGCGUGCAAUCAGACGCUCGACUCCGCCUUCUGCAUCACGUCUCUCCAAGCCGUCCCCAAAAGCGACUCCGCUGACCUCUCCGCCCUCGCCCUCAUCGCCCUUAACCUCACCUACUCCAACGUCACGAGCUCCACCACCAAAUUGCUGGCUCUGCAGCGCGAAGCUACCAGCCCCGCCAUCAAGAACUCGUUCGAGGCCUGCUCGUUGCUCUACAACAACAUCAUCCAGCCGCUGCGGUGGGCGUCGCAGUUCUUCGUGUCGAAGCACUAUGAUGUCGCCCAGGCCAUGUUCGCAACGCCUCUCUUUGCCCCGACGAACUGCGCGGAAGCUGCGGGAAAGGUGAUGGAGCAGGACGGCAAGAACGCGUUCUACCUCAUGCUGAUGACUCGAAAAUUCAUGGAGCUCUCGAGUUCGUAGUUGCGUUGCGUACUUGCGGAGGAGCAUGAAAUGCAUUGCAUGUAUUUGUGUCUGUCACCGAAUAAGAUCAUGUUCCUUAUGCUCAUGCUCAUGGGAAAUGAACA